UCUUUUUGUUACUAUUUGGAAGCAAAAUUUAACAACGGAACUGAAAAGUCAGAAGAUCAAUGCAAAUCCAUCAAAAUAUUUAUAACGUGCUAGAUUCGUUGACUGUUUCGUUUUGUUUACUAACUUCCCAUUUGCAGAUAGAGUAAUCAUGGCAGCUGUAGGAGGCAUUAGCGAGGUUGGAGGAUCCCAGAACAGCGUUGAGAUCGAUGAUCUUGCUCAUUUUGCUGUCCAGGAUUAUAACAAAAAACAGAAUGCUCUUUUGGAGUUUGGAAAGGUUGUGAAUGUGAAACAACAGGUAGUUGCUGGAACCAUGUAUUAUAUAACACUCGAGGCGACUGAAGGCGGAAAGAAGAAAGUAUAUGAAGCCAAGAUCUGGGUGAAGCCAUGGGAAGACUUCAAGGAAGUUCAACAAUUCAAGCUUGUUGGUGAUGCCCCAAGUGCUUAACUAAUGCUUGAACUGAAGUAAUCUUAUGUUGGUGAGACAAAAAAAAAGCCAUUUUUAUCUGGAAGUAUUUGGAUGUCGUAUUGUAAGCAUAUAUCACUAAUUUAAUGUUUUAAGAUACUGGAAAUGGUACUUAGUUCUUGAUGUUCUGUAUUUAUUUGAUACUGAGUUGUAUGGGUUGUUUCUUACACCAUAUGCUAAUCAUUAGUAUUCUCCUUUUAUAUGACUUCCUACUUUGGUUUUC